AUGGGCUUCCAGAAGUUCUCCCUCUUCCUGGCUCUCAGCAUCUUGGUCCUGUACCAGGUGGGCAGCCUCCAGGCAGUGCCAUUCCGGUCCACCCUGGAGAGCAUCCCAGACCUGGCUAUGCUCAGUGAGGAGCAAGCACACCUCCUGCUGGCUGCACUAGUGCAGGACUAUGUGCUGGUGAAGGCUGGUGAGCUGGAACAGGAGCUGGAGACAGAAGGCUCCAGCGUGGACAGCACCAGAUCUAAGCGGUGCGGUAAUCUGAGUACUUGCAUGCUGGGCAUGUACACGCAGGACCUCAACAAGGUUCACACAUUCCCCCAAACUGCAACUGGGGCUGGAGCACCUGGCAAGAAAAGGGAUAUGGCCAUCGACUUGGAGAGAGACCACCGCCCUCAUGGCGGCAUGCCCCUGGAUGCCAACUAAACUCUUCCCCCUCCUUUCUAAUUUCCUUUCUGACUUCCUUCCUCAAAAGUGAUGCAUGCGGUUCCCCUCUGGUUGCUCUUAGGGCUUUUAUCAGUGGCUUUCCUUGUGGCUGAGGAUGUCUAAAACUCAGGUGGGAAAAGAAAGAGCAGGACUCACAGGCUGGGAGAGAACCACC